AGUUGUUUACUAGAUUGGCGGGAAUAGCUGAAAAUGGCCGAAACAUUGUUUACACGUGUCAGAACAAGUGAAAAAUAUUUCAUUAAUUGCAAUAAUAUUUUGUUAUAAUUAAAUAAAAUAACUUAAAAAAUCAACUAGUUUAAAUUUGUUUCAAUAAUCAAUAAAGUGUUAAUAAUUAGUGCUUUAUUUAUUUUUUUUUUUGACGGGUGUUGUAAGUUUACAUUAAAAAUGGAAAUAACAGUGCGAACACCUCAAAGUAAAAGACGAAAGUAUGGUGUUAUAAGAAAAGACGAAUCUGAUGAAAAUUAUCCCUGUGAUUUACAAUUUUAUAAGGAGCCACCAAGUGGCAAAAUUUCACUUGUUGAAUUUCAAGAAUUGGGAUUAGAAAGAUUAAAAGUUUUACAAUUAGUUGAUUCUGUCUCUAUUCAAGAAAAUAAAUCACAAGAUGAUUUUAAAAAACAAUUGGAAACAGCUUUAAGAAAAGAACAUAUUAUGUAUCAAAAAUUAUUAACAAGCACUGGUACAUCGUGUUCAAUUGAAGCAAGAAGAAAUGAUCAUAUUUCUCAUUUUAUUUUGAGAUUAGCUUAUUGUCAAACGGAUGAUUUAAGAAAUUGGUUUAUAUCUAAAGAAGUGGAAUUUUUUAAAUUAAGAUUCACUAAUCUCGCUCCGGAUAGUAUAAAAUUAAUUUUGUCAACAAAUAAUUUUGAUUUUUCCCUGGUUUCCGAAGAAGAAAAGAAUGAAUUAAGAGAUAAAUUAUUUUCCAUAAGAGAAACUGACAGUAGUUUGGAUUACUAUAAAUUACCCUUUGAAAAAGUCACUGAUUUAGUGAAAGAUAGAAAAGUAUUUAUUAAAAAAGGCAUGGCUUAUGUACCUCAUCAUGAUUUGGUUUCUGUUAUUGUUUCCAUAUACAAGGAACAUUUAAAUAAAAUGAUGGAUAUUGCAAAAGAAUAUUUGGAAAAUAUAUCAACAGAUGAAAGACUCACAGGUUUUUUAAAAAAUCUUCCACAAUCUUUUUCUGGAAUGACAAAGGCUGUUUGGUCAACGGAAACAACACCUAUUUCAAUGUUAGACGAAUUAUCGAAAAUAUCGUAUCCACUUUGUAUGAGAACACUUCAUGAAGCAUUAAGAAGAGAUCAUCAUUUAAAACACGGUGGUCGUCAAGAGUAUGGACUUUUUUUGAAAGGCAUUGGAGUGAGUUUGGAAGAUGCAUUAAUUUUUUGGAAACAGGAAUUUUGUCAGAAAAUGGAUGAGGAUAAAUUUAAUAAACAAUAUCGUUAUAAUAUUCGACAUAUGUAUGGUAAAGAGGGAAAGCAGACAAGUUAUACUCCAUAUGGAUGUACAAAAAUAAUCACCGAAAUGGUUGGUGCUGGUGAAUAUCAUGGAUGUCCAUAUAAACAAAUGCCAAAAGAUAUUUUAAAAUCUAAAUUAUGUUCAUAUGGAUUACGCUCUGAAAACGUAACUGAAAUCGCAGAUCUUGCGGCAAGUGGCCAUUACAAUUUAGCUUGUCAAAUGUGUUUCGAUGUUACACAUAAACGUCCACCGGGAAGGCCAAUUGUUCAUCCAAAUGUUUAUUAUGCCGAAAGUCGAGAAUUACUCACCAAAGGAUCAAGUGAUUCAAGUCAAAAAGAUGGCGAUAAAUUGUCACAAAAUAUGAGAGGAAAAUUAGAAACUCCUACGAGAAAAACAGAAUCUCCUAGGACAACAAUAAAAAGAGAGAAAAAAGAUGCUGAUUCUGAAAUUAUUGAAAUUAAUAAUGAGGACUUUGACGAUAUGUUUUAAUCUUUUUUCUUUUUUUUUUAAGUCGUAUAAAUAUAAUGUUAAUUUAGAGACAUUUAAUUAUAUACUAUGUAUAUUUCUUCUAACAACGAAUUCAUUACAAAAUAUCAAUCAAGAAGCAAUUACUAAAAGUAAGGAAAUUACACGUUGUCAUAAUUUAUCAGAUUUUAUUAAAAAAAAAAAAAAAAAAAGA